AUGAUAAAGUUCACUCUGCGGUACUUCGCAGUAAGUAGCUCGACAUUUUAUCGGCUUCCUCGUCGAAUGAGUACGCCAACUACGCGUUGGGCGGCGUUCUGCGCGUUGUAUUCCCAUCGUGAACUUCUGCUUUGUACGAUCUGUCGAGGUGUUUGCUCCGGGAAAUCAAGCCAGCGCUCUAUUGUGGUUGAGAAGAAUGAAACUCCUAACCCUGAUUGCCUUCGGUUCUACUCGAUGGAGCUGUCAUUCCUUCCUCCUGGUCGGUCUUUAGACCUUCCAGAUGCUCAGCACGCCGGCAAAUCGCCAUUAGCUGAGUUGCUGUUCAGCAUCAGCGGAGUACAGUCGGUUUUCCUUGCGGAUGAAUAUAUCACUGUAGGCAAAGUUCCCCAUGUGGAUUGGGGUUCCCUCGUACCGCAGAUACAAGAGUGUAUCGUUGAGUUUGCCGAGAGCGGCGUGGGUGUUCUCUCCGAGGAGGGAGAGGCAUGUUUUGUCGACAACAAUAACGAUACUGAUCCAGAGGAUGAUGAUGAUGAGGUAGUGCUUGCAGUGAAGGAGUUGCUCUCUGCUCGUAUACGGCCGCUUCUUCGAGCAGACGGGGGUAAUGUUCGUUACAUUAGCAUGGAUGACGGAACAGUUUUCGUGCUGCUGGAGGGCGCAUGCAAGUCCUGUCCAUCAUCUGGAGUUACGCUCAAGAAUGGAAUUGAGCGCAUGCUCAUGCACUGGAUACCUGAGGUAGUUGAGGUGCAAGAGUGCACAGAUGAGAUGGCGAGUGAUUUACUGGCGGAAAAGGAACUUCGAAGGAAAUUGAAGAAGGAUGAGGUGAGCGCCUCACAAUCAAACUAG